UCGUCCACGUCAAAAGACUCGAGACGGUGCGGCUUUUUGCCUUUUCUCUAGUUCUUUCAGUUGGCUACUUGGCUUCCCUCGCACUCAUUGCGAAUGCAUAAAACCCUAGUGAUACUCUCAAUCGUGCAAAAAAUUAGCUUUGGAAGAAGCAAAAGUGCUAUGACUGUUGCUGGGGUUUCCGAUGCAGUGUUUCUUAUUGGGGAAUACGCUUAAUGUAAGUGUUUGAGUGUGAGAGUUGGCAGUUGCACGGUGAGGAAAGUGUUGAACACAUGGAGGUGAAGUUGGAGGAAGUGGAAGAUUGGGUUUCCAAUGGUGCGCUUGGGAAGAAAGAGGUAGUAGGCUGUAGGUGUAGUGAAUUGGAAGAGAAAAGUAAGAGGGCUGAAGCACGGUGCACGGAGUUGGAGUCAAAGCUGCUAGUGAGGAAGAGGGAGUAUGAAGAUCUUGAGGCUAAGUUUAAGGCAUUAGAAGCUGAAAAUGUUCGCCUAGAGGGUGAGUUGAAGGGAUUCAAAUGCCAUGAUAAAAACAGGGUUGAGUGCGGAAGAGAGAGGGAGGUUGAGGGAUUGGGUGAUCUAACAGGGGGGGAGGAGGAUAGGGUUGUUCAGCUGAUGAUUGAGAACAAUGUUCUGGGGGUUGAGAAGAAGAGAGCUCAAAGUGAGGCGGAGAUUUGGAUGCAAAAGCACAGGGAAUUGGAGUUAAGGAUCUCGCAGUUGACUGAUGGUAUGAAAUUGAGUGAAGCUGGUGCACAUGUUGGAAGCAGCCUUGGCCAUUUCCGGCCUGGAGAGGAAGUGAUGGAUUCUCUUGUUAAUGGAAUUGGGGAUCAAAUAUUGGCAGGCACCCCUUACAUGGACAUUUCUCACAAGCGCCCUGCUUCUGUUAAUGAAGGAGAGAAAUGUGUCCGUUUAGAGAAUGAAGUGAAUCAUCGUAGACGGGUUAGGAGAAAUUUGUCCUUUGAAGAGGAAAAAAGCCCCAUCAAAAAAAUUGCUCCAUUGACACCAGGUGGUGAUCAACCCGCUUCCCUUGGCAUUAUUGAUAUUUCUGACAGUGAUGAGGAACCUGAUAAUACUCUCCACAUUGAAACACAUGCUUGCGAAAAUCAGGGGAAUGAAAAGGUUCACACCUCUAGUCAGCUACUAGGAGGAACUAACGGUAUUACAAAAGAAAUAAAUCUUGAGGAUGACAUAGAUGUUUGCAAGAAUACUACCCCAAGUAUUUCGACUCCGAAAAGAAAACGGGCUGCUAAUAUUAUUACUAGUGAUUCUGAGAGCAGUGAUGAUAAUGUUCCAAUUUGUCAACUCAAGAGGAUGCAUAUUCGUGAAAAAAUCCCUGAUCAAGCCACUUCUCAAUCAAAAGGCUGCUCAGUUUCUCCUAAACCUUCCAGGGAUGAUAAUCUCACUGGUAUUCAAACCCGUUCGAGAAGGCGGUUAGUGACAUUGGGAAAACGUGAUGGAAAAGGUGGGGCAGAAAGAAAGUAUUCUAAUAAGACCAGUGAAGCCAACUAUCAUCGAGGAAUUCCUACAACUGACAAUGUUGAAGAUGAUGAAUCUGAGGAGUUUGAGUCCGAGAGUGGGAGUGACAGCAUGAAGGAUUUUAUUGAUGACGGUUCUGGUGUUUCUGAUGCUGAUGAUGCUUCUAGUAAGCCACAUGAGGAAUCAGAUGGAAACAUGGAAUUUGGUGAGAUUAUAUCUGGACUUAAUCGGAGCAAGUACCAUAAGAAGUUGAAUUGGGAGUUUGAAGCAGACAUGCUUGCAGACUUUGGCAAGGAUCCUGAAAUGUGUAUGAAGGCUGUUUGUGUUCUCUAUCGGCAGCAAACCAACGAUGAAAAAGUUAGCAAGGAAGCAUUGCACAGCAAUGGAAGGGGAUUCAGCAAAUUUGAUGCUCCCAGGGGCUGUACUUUGGCUGAGUUUCUCACUAAUGGAGAUCCUCAUAGUGAUCCAAAGAAAUCAGUAGAGGAAUUGCAUGAGUAUGACCCCAUGGGAGUUGAAAUCUGCAGAAAUUUGGCAGAUCGCUAUUCCAAGCAGUUGUUUGAGAUCUACAAGAAUGGGGAGGAUCCUCUUUUUCUCCCGUCUUGAAUUGGCCUGCCAUAGCUGUCAAACCUUUUGCUAGAAAUGGAAUUCCAUAGAAUAUGGUCUGUAAAUUUCCAUCCUCUGCUAAUGCUAGAUAGCAAUUCAUGCGACUCUGGUUUUGCAUGAAUUUUUUUUGUUUGUUUGUAUAAAUAUGGAAUAAUGUGAAAUGCAGCUAGAACAGAGAUGAAGUAUGCUAGUAUCUCAUAAGCUAAAAACCGAAGGAUUUGUUACUCUGAUCUUGACAGAGUUGAUGAUGCUAUAUUAAUCUAUUUUGCACAGUUGCUCCUCUGCA